CAUAACGCAAGUGUGAAGCUGUUGAUCGGACUGGUAGAUCAAGAGAGCGGAUACACAACAAAGAUUUCUAUCGGGUUGGGUUUGCUGUUGGGACAUAGAAGGACGGAAAAACAGCACUGCCCAGCACCAUCAUGGAUUGCUGCGGAAAAKAUAGCAGCACUUUUGCCCAACUCUCGAACACCGUUUUGGAAUGCGACUACGACAAAAACGUUACGAAUUUAUACAAAGCCAUAGAAAAUGAGUCAUGGGGAUCGGUGAAGUGCUUUUUCGAAACCGAGAAAUGGUCGUACAUGCAUUUUAUGAAGGACAUCCAUUCACCAASUGAACAAGCACGCACCUGGGUUACGAGAUCCGACCCCAACGGCAAAGUGCGAUGGUCGCAAUUGCCAUUGCACGCGGCAAUCAUCUUUCAAGCUCCGAACGACGUGAUCGAAAAACUUAUUGAAUUAUAUCCAUUGGGUGUGCGCUGCACCGACGACCAGCAAAUGCUCCCCCUUCAUCUAGCCUUCCGAGUUGGUGCAGACGAUAGCGUCAUGAAUCUCUUGAUAAGCACUUUUCCAGAAGCCGUCGUCACGCCAAAUCAGUGUGGGUUGGUUCCGUAUGCCAUCAAUGGAAAAGAAAGUCGAAAAGAUUAUAACGAAGCCAUACAACAGAUCGCCUAUCAGGUCUCUCGAAAUGUUGUUUUGUCCCAAGAAAAAAUGUCGACCGAGAAAAUAGAGAAGCUUGAAGAUGCCGUUGGGGUUCAAACCAGUCUGGUGGAAACCUUGCAAAAGGACAAUGAGAUAUUAGAGAAUCAGCUUUCGGACGCGAAGAAWGAAAUCAAUAAACUCAAGGAUAUGUGUUUCAUGAUGCAAAAGACGCUAGCCUUCUCCAACAGACCCCCAGUCCCAAUACGAACCGCAGGCUACCACCCUCGGAAAACGAUGGUACAGAAUUCAGAAUCGGUAUGCACCGAUGCCAGUUUAUGCCCGACCAAUGACAGUUUAUUCCAGACAAAUGAAUCUACAAUAAGCAGUGUAAUGCUCAAUUCGAUCCAAUUCCGAAAACGAUCAAAGCCCUCAAAGAUGAAUAAAAUAUUAGAGGCGAGAGAAGAUACAAAUGAACCCACAAGAUGCAAUGCGAAGGGUCGCCACGACCAUUUUUUAAGAACUCACUUGUACAACAAAGGCGCCCUAAAGUCAAAGCCGAGUACACCGAAAUCAAAAGUAGGGGGGAUAAAUUGGUGCGAUGGCWCCAACAACGCCAUACAUGAAAUAUGAUCRYGUGGCAAAAUAUACAACAGCUUUGACU